UUUCAUCCUUACAUACUCAAUGUCAUUCUUCCAGUCACUUCAUUAUAUGUCGAAUUUUUCUUAGUUUUUUCGAUCCACUGCAACAACCAGAUUGUUAUGACUGAGGGUAUCAACUACACUAGUAUCCUAAGAACCGACUUCAAAGACCCUCCCAACCUAAUAACCAACCAAAAACACCUCUUGGCCAGUGGCAAAACUUCUGUCUACGAGAUCUUGAGAGAGCUAGACGUCUACUAUGGUAUGGCUGAUGGUUUUUCAUACAGAUCCAAUGGAAGACUUGCAUCCACCAAGUUCAAGCACAAGCGCAAGUCAGUAGGACCAACUGAUUAUUUCAUUUAUCCUGCUACUGUCAACAUGGACUACGGGUUUUGGACAGCUGACCCUGUGCUUAAAGAUGACAAAUGGUACGUUCCAAGGUCACAGUUUAGAAUUGAAGAGAGCGUACUGACGCACUAUCUGAAUAAGUGUUUGGCAACAGAUAGAUUCUUCAAACUGAGAUCAGGUUGAGCAAGAAAAUUGGCGGCGAAUGAGGGAAUUAUUUAUACGUACUUUUAAUUAUGUUAAGGUUUAUUUGAUUUUUACCUUGGAAGCUUUAUGUUGAUCAUAGAGUUUAUGUUAUACAUUUUUUUGAAUAUACAACAAGAGUAUAUA